CUGCCAACGACGUUCGGUUACGUAUGACGCUCUGAACCGAGCCGAUCAAGCCAGGCCGGGUAGGACCCCAGCAACAACGCUGCGAUCGGUUCAACCUAUGAAGAUUGGGCUUUUCAAUCGCCAUCCAUCCUUUGACUAGACAACAUUUUGUGGAAAUAUAUCACUGUCACUGAUCACAAGAUACACUAAGUUGUUCAACCGAAUCAGAAGGCACUGGGAAGAGGCGCAAAGAAAAAUUUCCAUACUAGAUGACAUUACAUCGCAAUGUCCGAUCGUUUGGGGCAAAUAACCAAGUCCAAGGAUGGGAAAAGCAAGUAUUCCUCACUCAGCCUAUUUGACAAGUACAAGGGAAAAUCAAUAGAAACUCAGAAAAACGCAGUAGUUCCGCGACAUGGCUUGCAGAGUCUUGGCAAAGUGGCCGCAGCCCGGCGCAUGCCCCCACCUGCUCACCUGCCGAGCUUGAAGUCUGAAAACAAAGGAAACGAUCCUAACGUGAUUAUUGUGCCGAAAGACGGUACAGGAUGGGCAAACAAGCAGGAACAACCCGAUCAAAAGAGUUCUAUUGCAUCAAUCCCACAGCUGCCGGAGUUGCAGCCGCAGCUGGCUUUACAGAAAUCUGUCUCCAAUCUUCAGAAGCCCACACCAGUAGCCAACCAGGAGAACACAAACACAGGUGGACCAAAGCAAUGGGCCCAGCUAAAUGGAAAGGCAGUAGAGCAAGAUGGUUCAAGGGCCUUAAACCGACUUCAGCCCUUCUCUCACGAGGAAUUUCCCACACUGAAGGCAGCUGGAGAACAGGACAGGGCUGGCAAGGAAAGAAGCGGCUUCGAUCCGUCGUAUGGGCCCGGACCAAGCCUCCGCCCCCAGAAUGUGACGAGCUGGAGGGAAGGUGGUGGCAGGAACCUUCAACCCUCAGCCCUGACCCUUGGCCUGCCAGCAGAUCCUGAGGGUAAGCUCACGGCCCAGGGUGAGACUGGCUCCCCUCCAGCCUUAUCCCACCCCCCUUCUGCCACCAGCACAACCUCUUCUAGUGUAGUGACUGCUCAGUCACCAGUCCUUGACCCCAAGGAGCCUUCCCUGCGACCCGCCCAGCCAGUCCGCAGAACAACCGUCCCUACUGCCCUGCAGUACCAGCUUCACCACACUUCAACUGCUGUCUACCAUGACAUGUUGCCUGCAUUUAUGUGCUCUAAAGAGACACGUGAAACCCCUGGUACCGACCAUGUUCCGACCACCGUAGCUGCCCCAGCCCGAUUUGACAGCAAACCCACUUUCAGACAGAACUACGCCAAAUCUGAACUUGUUAAUGGUGAUGUGAGAAGAGAGAACCGCUUUGUCCGCGCUACACCUCGACCCUCGUCUCAGCCCAUCCGCAGGCCUGGUGACAGACCGCAACGCCCAGCUAUCAUUAAUCCAGAGGACUUGAAGGAUCUGGAUGAGCUUGACAAUGACUGCGAGGAUGGAUGGGCUGGACUCCAUGAGGAAGUUGAUUAUAGUGAGAAGCUUAAGUUCAGUGAUGACGAAGAAGACCACCACGGUGAAAAAAACAGGAUGUGGGCUGAAUGGGAGAGGGAGAACCAGCGUGACUGCCAAUCCUCCCUAAAUUCAGGUGAAGUGUCUUACCCCCAGGAGGGCCCUGACGAGAGCUAUUCCUACCAACAUCACCACCACGAGCCUCCCCGGAAGACCAACGGCAGAUAUCUCUCUGCAGACACACCGACCCUGCAGAAAAACCAAGGUGAGCCACUUGCUGACCAGGAAGAUCACCAGCGCCAGUCUCAGGCUCCAGCUAGGGCAAAGUAUGUGUCACCUGAGCUGUCAGAGGCUGUUGAGAGGGCCCGCAGACGCCGAGAGGAGGAAGAGAGGCGUGCCCGUGAGGAACGGCUGGCUGCCUGUGCUGAAAAACUGAAAAAGCUGGAUGAAAAGUUUGGGAAGACUGAAAGGCAAACAUCAAGGACAGAGGAGGGCCAGAAAGAGGGAGAGGGCAAAGAAGUUCCACUUUCCCCAGAAGGGGAACAGAAUAAAGGCCUCCAUGAGAACUGGCAGUACAACAGCAAAGAUGUAACGGAGUGUCCCCCAGACAACUCUCCUGGCCAUAGUUACCGUGAGGAACCUGCUUUCUCUAACUACCGUGCCAGUGAGGAUGAUGUCCAGGAGCCCUCCUCCCCCUCAGGAGACUACAGUGGACGUCAUCCCUCCAAACCCAUCCCACCCCGCUUUCAAAAGCAGCCCCAGCACCAUCAACAACAGCAGCAGCAGGAAGUAUACAAGAUGCAUCACUGGCAGCAGUCGGGUCACCCUGCCCCAUCUGGAUCCAGCCAUGCCCAGAGAGGCUACUACCCCCCACAUGUCCUCGGGUUUGAUCCCCGCUGGAUGAUGAUGCCACCUUUCAUGGAUCCCCGCAUGACCCAAGGAAGAUCUCCUGUUGACUACUACCCUGCAGGAAUGAUGAAACCCAUGAUCCAUCAAGACCACCUGAACAGCCCUGGUUCCGAUGAGGGAUGCCAUUCUAACCUGCACCAGGAGAGAAGAGCCCCUUCCACUGAGCCUUACCCUAUGUGGAACCAAGAUGGCUACCCCUUGCGCAGCUUCACUCCACCUUACCAGAGGCAGCAUGAAAGCUCAGAUAGUGGCCAGCCAGAUGACAGAAAUGAUAUGGCCUGCCCCCAACCGGACUCCUAUGAAGAGAGGGCCCAUGAGUGCUUGACCCACCCCCAAGAUGAUAUCCCCCAUCAUGCUUACCAGAGCCGAGGCCCAGACAGAGAACACCAACACCAUGACCAAGGCUUGCUGACCACUGUUCAAAACCACUCCAUGAAUCAUGCAGAUAGUGAUUACCCAAAACAAGACUCUAGGGACAAGCAUCUGAAAGACGGUUCUGAAUCACACGAUGAGACCUUAGAUGGCUCCAAGGACAGUUGGAAGAGAGAUGGAAGCCAGAAACAAGACGGAGGACUCAGCAAUGCUCAAAGCCAGUGGUCCGAACCCAGUUCCAGUAGUAGCGUUAGCCAACCAUCUGAGACCAGUGGGCGCACCUUGACUCGCAGAACUGGGCCCAUCAAGAAACCAGUACUCAAGGCUCUCAAAGUGGAAGACAAGGAAAAUGAGAAGCCUAAACCUGAGCCUGAAGAGAAGCCUGUUCCUUAUCGCCUGGAGAAAGAAGUCCUUACUAAUGUUUAUGACUUGAAGAAAGAUAACCAGCCUUCCAGCAACAGGCAUGCAGCCUCACCUGUUGUUGAGAAACAGCCCGAAGAGAGGCAGCGUCAGUCACCAGCUCCCACCAAAACAGAGAAGCCUCUGAGUACCCACAGUGACGACUCUCCCAAGGAGAGCACCUGGGACAGUGGCAAGAGCCAGUCACCUAGAGAUAGCCAGGAAAAUCGGGAGCCCCAGGCACCUCGGCGUAAUAACUGGAUCUUCAUCGAUGAAGAACAGGCCUUUGGUGCAGUCAGGGGAACAGGUAGGGGCCGCAGUCGAGGCUUUAGGGAAUUUAGCUCAAGAGGUGGAACCCGUGGUGGCCGAGGUGGAGACAAUCUCAGAGGGGCUUAUAACAACAAUAACAACAGUGGCGCUCAGCGGACAGGCAGAGGUAGAGCACCACCGAGGGACCUUGUCAAGGUGGAGGAGUUCCAGAGAGGCAAGCCCCGCAGGCGAAAUGUCAGUGAAACUUUGAGUGAAGCCUCUGAGUAUGAGGAACUGCCCAAGAGGCGCCGUCAGAAGGGAUCUGAAAAUGGAGAAAGUUACACAGAGUCUGGAGAAGUCCGCAAGGCUGAUAGAGACUCUUGGAGAUCCAACAAGGUUUACACAGAUGACCAGACAGCCCCAGAUUCCAGAGAAAAGGCCAAGGCCAGCAGGGGCUUUGGUGGUCGCAUGCUGCCUCCCAGACUGAACGCAACUGGAAGUUACAGUCGAGGCUUUGGAGGAUCCAGGGACAUUUCAACAUGGAGGGGCCGUGGGCCCCAGUUUAGUAGCACUGGUGGCUCAAUGCAAGAAAAUGGUUAUGGUCCUGGAGCUGAGAGUACUUACUCCCGCAGACCACCUGUUGAACGGGAGAUUCCCAAGUACCCCCCCAAAUUCACAGGCUCCUUCAUGGAAAAUGGCACAGAGGACCGUGAAGGAGAAUUCUACUUUGACAAUGACAACCCUGACAGGCAGAUGUUAAGGAGACGGCGUCCACCCCGUCAAGAUAAGCCUCCCCGCUUUCGUCGUCUACAACAAGAACGUGAACCUGGCACAAACCAGUGGACAAGUGAAGAGUACAUAAAUGGAGAAUUUGCAAACCAAUGGCCUGGUCGCCCCAAAGGCAGUGGGGAAGACAAUUGGCCUAGUGGCCACUACUCUGGUACACGCUCUAGCCAGCAUGGUCCGGCAGAGGAAUGGGAGACGGGAUCAGAGAACAGCGACUUUGGUGACUGGAGAGAGAAGCGAGGUGUAAGUGGAGGGACAGCUACACAAGGACAUGGUGAUAUUCCUUCAGAGUCUUGCCAUAGUGAACCAGGCUCAGGCGAGAAGAGGGAACUUUGCAAGAGAAGCUUCUCCAGCCAGAGACCAUUGGUGGAACGGCAAAAUAGAAAAGGGGAGCCUUCACUGCUGGAAGCGAGCAAGAUGAGACGUUCACCUGAUAAUCCCCCUACCUCCACCAACAGGAGUGACAGUUGGCAGAAUGGAGGGACGUCUUGUAAGAGCAGAAGCCCAGAUGAGUCGGGCCCAGUCUACAGCAUAGAGCAGCCAGAGGAGAGGGAGCCCGGUGAGUCCUCAGGGAAGAAAUUAGACAAGGACCUCAAGCAAGGACCUGUCAAGACAGACAUAGCCGAGCCUCUGUCCCAGUAUGAGCUCAGCAGCUACCCAAUUGAGGGGGACACAGGAGGACCAGUUUCUAAUCCAGAUGGAUACCAGGAUGCCCUGUCAAAAAAGCAGAGACGCCCCCAGGAAGAUGAUAGAAGGAGGAAGGAACAGGGAGCUCCAGUGCCAGUGAAAAACAGGACUAUCACAUCCAAGAUACCGCCACGCUUUGCCAAAAAGCAGGGAAGCUUGGGCAUUGAACAACCUGAGGAAGUGCUUUCUUCCAACAACCUGGGAACUGAAAUCUGGGAGACUAACAGCUCAGCUCUUUCAGUACAGUCUUCAGGGGGAGACUCAUGGACUAAACAGGUGUCUUACACUGGGAGCGAGCCCAACUCUGAGGACUCUGAUGCUGGCCCAGAGCAGAGUAAAGAACAGCACAAGCCAGGGCCCAUCGGAAAUGAACGCUCCCUAAAGCACCGUAAGGGAUCAGAAGCUGUUGAUCGGCUGGAAGGUGGCCCAAUCACGCCAGUCAAUGGUGUGGACCUCCAUGUGGACACUGUGCUGCCUGUGCCUCCUAUUGAGUUUGGUGUCAGUGCCAAAGACUCUGAUUUCAGCCUACCACCGGGCUCCACCCCAGUGCCCGUGUCCAGUUCUGUCAACAAGCUUCAGGAGGCUCUUACAACCAAUACUGCUCUCAAUCAGAGUAUCCCCAUGCUGCGUUCUAACCACCUACAGCCUGGCAUUAACCUUAACCCCAUCUCCUUUCCCAGUGCUGAUCUCACUCUCAAGAUGGAAUCCGCACGCAAGGCAUGGGAGAACUCCCAGUCUCUCCCUGAGCAGGGCUCUCCUGGUGGAAGUGCUACAGGUGCUCAGCCUCCCUGCAGCGUAGGCUCAUCCAGUGGUGUUAGCUACAGUUCCUUUGGAGGGGUUUCAAUGCCUCCGAUGCCUGUGGCAUCAGUAGCACCUUCCAUGUCCAUGCAAGGUAAUCAUAUUCCCCCAUUGUAUCUGGAUGGUCAUGUUUUUCCUAGCCAGCCCCGCCUUGUACCUCCCAUGACCCAGCAGCAGACCUACCAACAGGCGGCCGCAGCACAGCAGAUUCCGAUCUCUUUGCACACGUCUCUUCAGGCUCAGGCUCAGUUGGGGCUUCGGGGAGGUCUACCUGUCUCUCAGUCCCAAGAGAUGUUCAACUCUAUUCCCCCCUUCAGGUCCCAGGUUUACAUGCACCCCAACCUGUCACAGCCCAACCCCAUGGUGCUGUCGGGCGGAGCCCCUCUCAAAGGGCCUUACUCUGCUUUCCCUGGCAUGCAGCCCUCAGACAUGGUCAAGACACAGUCAGGCUCACACUAUCAGCCCAUGAAUGGCAGCCAGCAGCUAGUCUAUGACAGCCAGAUGAACCAAGGGCCUGGAAUGGGUUCCUCCCAGCUAAUGGACUCUCAGCUCAUCCAGGUGACCAUGCCCCUACCUGGCUCUCAGCUCCGCUAUGGCUCAGCUCAGCAACAUCUCAUCCUCCCACAGUCCAUCCAGCUGCAGCAGGGACAAAACCUGUCAGUGGGGGGCCCACGCCGAAUGCUGCCACCUGGCUCCCAGGCUUCGGUCAUGACUGGCAGCAGAGAGGGCUCACAGAUGGAAAUGAAAGGCUUCCAGUUCUCUGAGAAGAAUCAUUCCCCUAUAUCUGGGGGGACCUACAGGCCUGGGUCUGCCAGCCCCAGUGGGAAACCCUCUGGUCCUGGGGGUCCUCUCCCUACACAUUUUACUCAACAGGUCCCAACAUGCCAGGGCAGCAUGGUGAUGCACAUGCGGCCCCCCACCACUGGCCCUUUCCCCAACCCCAUACAGAGACCAGUCAUGCAGGUCAACAAGCCUGUCAUCAUUCGCCCCCCCCCUUACCCAAAUCCUGGCCGUGACCUUUCCCACUCUACCCCUCCCUCGGCCCCUGAGCCCCAUGUUAAAGGGCCAGAGGAUGGCAUGAAGGUGAGCCACCCACUGUAAAUAUAGAAUAAAACCAUGCGAGAAGUGCGAAAGGCAGUGGGUGAGGGCAAGACACCAGCUGGGGGCAUGACCAGCAAACUCCAGGAGCCCCUAACCUCCACAGGGCAAGCCAAACCAGCACGCACAGGAGCCAUCAAACCCCAGGCUGUCAAAGUAGAGGAGGGCAAGGCAUAACAAUGGACCUUAAAUCCUCAUCAUCACUUAGCCUGCCAACACAAGCCCCUUGACCAAAGUCUGAGCCUUCCAAGACCCACCUUAUCCAAAGGCACCAUGGCAAGGGGCAGACAUCAUAAUGAAUUACCCCUUUUGAACUGUCAGAACUGGACACCAUUUCACAUCACGUAUAGAGAUAUAUAAAUAUAUAUAAAUAUAUACAUAGACGCACAGUCUUUUAAGCAGAUCUCUUCAAGGUCCUCUUUAAUUUAUUAUUAGUCACUUUUAAGGGGAGAUUGGUAAAAAGAAAAGCUGUUUUUGUUUUUGUUUUUUCUCUUCAAGGUGGGGAAAAUAAAAAUGACCAACUCAGACAGAGGGUUCCUUUUUCAUACCAUUUUGCCAAACUGUAUUUACUCCCUGUUAUGGACUGUUGCCGUUAAUAUCAGGCAGACACUUGAUAUAACUUACUAUUGGGAAGCAAAGUAAUUUUUUUAAACAAAUUUGAAAUUCAGUGGGACACUAUUUUUUUUUUAAAUCAUUUUUCAUUGGCAUUUUCGCUGGUAAAUUUAAUGUUAAAGUCAUCACCCAUUCCUGCUAUUGGUAAAGGACUUACUUUAUUAACCCAGAAAAAAAUCCAAUUUGUGGACAUCAUUGCAUGUCAACAUUUCAAAAGUAAGUAAUGCAUCUUCUGGGGUACUUCACCCAGCCUAUGAACUGUGGCAAACUGCUUAGAUUAAUAGAAAUAAUUUCUUUUCUUAACUCUAUUCUUUGCUUUUACAUCCUGUUGCUCGCUCUCUUCUGUAUGUAAAUUGAAACUUAAAGGUGGACAUUUUACCAAAAUCAUGUUGCUUCCAUGGGAACUUCACUGGUAUUGCUACAGCGUGUGCAUGUGAUGUGCUGAAUGUGUGUAAACUCGCAGGACCCCUACUUAGAACAGAGCAACAUUUCACAAAGACUCUGAACUCAGCAUUCAUAGUGCUGCCAUCAACUUGUGUGGAUUUUGAUCAACCAAGCUGGCAACAAUUUUUUGGGCUCAUUGUAAAGUUUUUUUUGUGUGCAGAGGGGAGGGGGCUGCAUUCACAAAUGCUGUAAUGUCCCCCCCCAAAAUAGCUGAUUGAAAUGAUUGCUUUCUUAUUGCUUUGUUUGGGUUGUAAUUCAUCAAAUUGUCUGUUUAUGAACAUGUGAUGUAAGUGAUGAUUUUUACAUCCCUCAUUCUGGGGCGUUAAGCUUUCUUCUUUAAAGGCUCUCGAAAGACUUUCUUCUCUAAUUCCCGUAAAAUCCCACUUGACAGUAAUGUGGGGAACUUGUGAAGAAACAGACCCUUCACCAUUUGAUUAUUCAGCAUCUGGUCUCUGAGGUGGCUCUAGCAAUAAAUGCAGCCUGACUAUAAUCACAAUCAGGGUCCAAAAAACGUUUUCCUGUUAGAAGCUAAUGAUCACAAACGAGGGGCAUAUAGCAUUGCUUGUUGGAUAAAAUGUUAUUUGCUUAUGCUUUUUUUUGUGAGCACUGCAGUUCCAGUGGACUACGAAGGACUUUUAAAAGUGUUUGUUCUAUUUGAAAAUGUGAAGCUGUUGGAAUCCUCUUUUAUUCUGUUUUUUGUAAUGGACACUCUAUUGAAACUCACAAUGCCUAUGUCAUAACUGGUGAAAUGUUAUUGCUUACCAUAACGCUCCAUGACACUACAAAAUGUUAAGAUUUAUCUUUGACAGUGUUUCACUGGUAUAUAUGUAUAUGCAUACUUAACUGUACAGUCGAGCCUUGUCAGCGAGGGGAGGCUUAAACCCACAUUUCAUUUUAGAUAUUGUGGCGCUAUAAAAGAUUUAACGUUGGAAAGGUCACUGUGUUCUCAGAAUGGACUGCUUUCACUUGUUAGGUUUAGUGGGCUUGGAGUUUUGUUUUGCCUCAUCCCUUACUGCAAAAGAUCAUGAUGCUUCUCAUCAUUGUACCUGCACCAAAAUGUUGCCCUGACCUUUUUUUUUUUGUACUUUUAAGAUGCAUAUUUCAUUUUGUCAAAGGACCAGUGCUUUCUACAGCUGAUCCGGCAUUCUGUUUAUCCUACCUGAUCUUUAUCCUUUCAGAUAUUUGGUCAUUACUCUCCCUUGUU